CUGCAUAUGUUGCAGACUUGCAUAGUAAUAAUAUAUAUAUAUAUAUAUAUAUAUAUUCUGCCAGAUAUUUAGAAUCAUAUCUGAUAUGGUGAACAACCAUCAUAGCUUUCAUUGAUUUUUCCACAGUAAAUUCAGUUUCGCUCAGCAAAAAUAGUGAUCAAGAAGAAGCGAUUGUUGUGAGAAUUCAAAGGUAGCAGCUAUGGCAGAGAAGGAGGGAGCAAUUAUCAACAAGGGGCAUGAGGAAGGUUUGAAAAUGGCAGUUUCCCUAAUGGAGGAAUUCGAACUCCCAUUGGGGCUACUCCAUCUUGCUGAUGUGAUCGAAGUGGGGUUUGUGAAGAACACAGGCUACAUAUGGGUCAAGCAAGAAAAAAAUUUUGAGCACAAGUUCAAGAUGAUCGGCAAACUGGUAAGUUAUGAUACAGAAAUGAGUGGAUACGUCGAAAAGAGGAGAAUCAAGAACCUCAAGGGAGUGAAGGGUAGGGAGUUGAUGUUAUGGCUUCCAGCUUAUGAGAUCACUGUGGAUCAUCCUCUUACUGGAAAUGUUCAAAUCAAGAGUCUGGCUGGCAUCACCAAAACUUUUCCAGCUGAAGCUUUUGCUGCUGCUGAAAUGCAGGGUUAAUCCAUGCUCCACAGUUGCACUGCAUGCCUGCCCAAUUGAAGUAACCAAGCCGAGCUUUGCAACCCAGGCACUGAAGCUUAUCUUGGACACAACCAUCUUCCACUGUUAGAUGAGAAUGAGUGACAUUAGUAAUUUGAAAGGAUAGAAGGCAAUUUUGUAUAGGAAUAAAAGAACAGUUUGGAAUGAGACUAACCAACUUGCAUCCACUUCAUGGGCUCAACAAAAAUAGAGGUGCAUUGAGGUGGCUCGUUGUAGGGAUUGUCGCUUCUCUUUUUCCACUUGAAACAUUUUUGGCCUUCACCAGGUUCAUGUGGAACAACUUGCUCUUCUGAUGCAACUAUCCUUCGACAUUUCUUGCA